CUUGGCGCCCGUCUGUGACCUCAUUUCUGCGCGACCGUUAUUUUUGGCGUAGAGUUUUCGCGCUGCUCCUGUAAAGGAUGCCGAAAGUUGUGUCCCGGUCGGUGGUUUGCUCCGACACCCGGGAUCGGGAGGAGUAUGACGACGGCGAGAAGCCCCUCCACGUCUACUACUGUUUGUGUGGCCAGAUGGUCCUGGUGCUGGACUGUCAGUUAGAGAAAUUGCCCAUGAGGCCCCGGGAUCGCUCCCGCGUGAUCGAUGCCGCCAAACACGCCCACAAGUUUUGUAACACGGAGGACGAGGAGACCAUGUAUCUUCGGAGGCCUGAAGGCAUUGAGCGACAGUACAGGAAGAAGUGUGCAAAGUGUGGACUGCCCCUCUUCUAUCAGUCCCAGCCCAAGAAUGCCCCCGUGACUUUCAUUGUGGAUGGCGCAGUAGUCAAGUUCGGCCAGGGUUUUGGUAAAACGAAUAUCUACACUCAGAAGCAAGAGCCCCCUAAGAAGGUGAUGAUGACCAAACGGACCAAAGACAUGGGCAAGUUCAGCUCCGUUACGGUGUCUACCAUUGAUGAAGAGGAAGAGGAGAUUGAGGCUAGAGAAGUCGCCGACUCGUAUGCACAGAAUGCCAAAGUGAUCGAAAAGCAGCUGGAGCGCAAGGGCAUGAGCAAACGGCGACUGCAGGAGCUGGCUGAACUGGAAGCCAAGAAAGCAAAGAUGAAGGGGACCUUGAUUGACAACCAGUUCAAGUGAUCAGGACCUUCCUCUCAGCCCAGACCGGAAGUGGGCAUUUAGACAAGGAGGAAAAAGAACUGUUUCUUGACUCCACAGACUGGUGGUCACCUUUUGGCCCCAGUGGAAGGCUUUCCAUUACUUGCCAUUGAUUGUUCCUACAUUCGGUGAGGGCUUUGAGUCCGUCCGACCUGCUUUCUAGAGAUGGGUUUUCUAAAUCUUUCUGUAUAUAGGUCUUCUGUACUAUUUUUUGUGCAUUUGCUGUAAACUUCUUCAGCUGUGUGGAAAGUCUGAACACACCGAGGCUUGAGUGUCUCUUGUUUUGAAAGUAGCUCUUCUUAGUCCCUCUUCAAAGCUAAUAAAAUGUUUAUAGAUUUUUUUAAAAAGUACUAUGAUGUAUCACAGAGAAAGUGGCAUGGAUUAUAUUUAAAGUUACAGCAAUUAUGAUUCUUUUAAGUGACUAUUCUUAGACGGGCAGGAAUUGGCUAUGGUUUGAACCUCUCUCCUGUCAGAAAGGAAUCCGUGGAAAGCCAGAAUGUCCAUAAAGCUUCCUUUAGCUUCGCAUUCAGAGAAACUUCCUUGGUAACAAACUACAGAAAUGAUCCCUGAAAAUAUAGUCUUUCUUCCUUUACUUCAAAUGGUAAAGCUGUAGAUGCGUUAUUCCUUACUGGCCUUUGUACCUAAAGAAGGAACAGCCAGAUUGGGGGCGGGGGCGGGUAGGGUAGCCCAGGUCUAAAUGAAAAUGGGGUCUCAGUAAGCAACCCAAGGUGACCACCAUCCCGUCAGGCAGCUAGGAGGACGCCUGCUUCCAUAUGUGGGUACAGGAGGGAGACCUAGAGUAAGAACUGAUACUGAGACAAAACAAAAGUAGCUGUCGGCCGGCUCGUAUUUCACAUUUGCUAUUUGUAGAGGAGUGUUGUCUUUUUAAAUAUUUAGGGGCACCGGGGUGACUCCGUUGGUUAAGCCUCUGCCUUCGGCUCAGUCACGCUCCUGAGGAUGGAUGGAGCCCCGCAUCGAGCUCCCUGCUCAGCGGGGAGGCUGCCCCUCCCCACCCAGCUCCUGCUCUCUCUAGUUCUGUCUCUCUCAAGUAAAUAAAUUAAAUCUUAAAAAAAAUUAGUUAAUGUCACGCUGUUUCAGUGAUAACAAUACGGAGUGUUAUAUGCGUGUUUUUAUCUGUUCACCUGUGUUACAAGCUGUUGGGCCGGAAGAGGCUUUUAAUCGCCUCGUACUCUCUACAGUGGAAAGCUGACGCUCAGCAGUCGCCCAAGACGUGUGUAAGGCGCUGCUGGGAAAUAAUAGGACAUUUCUCCUUGCUUUUUCCCCUGCCUUCCUUAUUUGGAAUGCAGAGUAGCUUGGAGUAGGGGGUAGAUGUGAGCUAGCAAGAACUGGGAGAAAGAGGAGCGGCAGGGGGCCCUGGAAAGCCAGGUGGGGCUGUGUUGCCAUCUUCUUGAGUUCUCCUGCAUCCAGUGAGGUCUUUGCGACCGAGUCUUCCUGUCCACCUCAUUUCCUGUCCUCGUUCUGAAAGAUACUUUGGACAGCAUGUAGAUGGCCGACCAUAAUCUCCUCGCAACUCCUUGACCUCACCUCCAAACAGUGACCUUUACCUUCACGCCUCUGUAGCCAUAAACUCCCAUGACCGUAGCCUGGCUGCCAUGUCCACCACGUCUGAGAUCCAAGAUUCUAGAGAUCCAAACUUCUGCUCUGUGAUCACAGCCUCCUCACAUGGCCACUCUCAUGCUCUCACGUCCACUAAACCUGUUCUGUUUUUAGAUUUGAAGGAUGGUUAUUUUAUCAGUCCUUAUAUAAAAAUCUGCAGGAGCUUACGGAUGAUGACAAUACUCUUUAAUGGCUGCUCGCUCUGUGUUACGUGCCAUGGAAGGCACUUCGUGGGUAUGACCUAGUCAAAACAAGAUGACAGUCCUAUGAGAUCGGUCUGUUCCCAUUCUCAUCUCACAGAUGAGAAUUGAAGGCUCUGAGAGCAUAAGUUUCCUAAGAUCCCAUAGCCAGGAAGUGAUAAAGCCAAAAAUCUGACUAUAGAACUAGGCUGAAUUGCUUCUCCUAUGGGAUUUAAAAAAAAAAAAUCUAUUAUUGAGAACAGAUAGCAAUUUCAUUUAGAGAAACCAAGUAAAAGGUGCUGUAAAGACACAUAGAGGACUCCCUGUAGCAAAUGUGUCGUCACCUUUCCACAUAUUUUCUGAAAUAUUUGUCCUUAGAUACUAACCCUAAACCAUUUUAACAGCUGGUUCAAAUUGUGCACUUUGCUUCAUCUUUAAGACUGCAAAUCAUGAUGUCAUUAGUACCAAAUAAACAUGUGCUCUUUAAUUUGGCUGCUUUCAUAUUGAACUACUUACACUGUGAUACAUUGUGCUUUCUCUAGUCUCUUUAUUUUCUUGUAGUAUUUUAGCAGCAAGUACAGUGUUUUAAUGUUAGUACUAAGAACCAUAUUGGAAUUUCGGAGAGUCUUAACUCUGUUUUGUUUUGUGUUUGUGCAGAUUAUCAACUGUAAUAAAAUAGUAAAAUGUAAAA